AUGAGCAUGUCUGAUCCCUCAAGCUCUGGAGAUGAGUUCUCCGAUGAUGGCGUCCCUGGAGCCAUCGACAUCCCUUCCGAUUAUGAGGACGGUUCAUAUGCCUUGGCUGACAAAAAGGCCCUUCAGAUCAUGGAGGUCGAAAACCAGAAAAUCGAUGAAUUGAUGGCCAAAUUCACCAAGGGCUUCGACCCCGGUGCCUUUGGAGGCGUGAUUAUGGCGUACAUACCCAAGCUGACUGAGGGACUUUUCCCCGGAUCUUAUGCACACCUCCUGAUUCUUCUUUUCGAGUCUUUUGACGUGAUUCAGCACAUUCAGCUAGGCCUUGAAGCCUCAAUGGGAAACCACCACCAGGUCUCUCCCACCCACCAGCCAAGUGAUACCAACAUCACCGAUGAAAAGUUCUUUGCCGCGGAGAUUACGAUGCUGAGAAAGCUAUUGGAUCCAAUUCGUGAAGGAACCAGGAACUCAAUCUUCUGGGUGGGCACGAGACGUGCGAAUACCUCCAAGAUCAGCGAGCAGCUCGAAGCGGCCAUCAGAGUGAUAGAAACAUUCAAGGAUGACCUCUGUGCAGCGCUAAAACCAGACCAUGAGAGUAUCGAACGUACUGCAAUGUACAGUAUGAAGCAGCUUCGUCUAGACACAUGCAGAGCCACCCUGCAAUGGGACAACUUCAACGGCUCCGAGCUCGAGCUUACCUCAUUCUUUUGCUUCUAUAAAGAGCAUAUCAUGAAGACUGAGCCCGACAAGGCGAGAGAAUCCGGAUGGCUGCCUCCUUAUUCCCCUGGUACCCCUGGUCUGUCGGCUGAAGAAGCAAGCGAAGGUGACUUAGCAAGCUGGGCAUCUCACGGGGUUCAGAACGAACUAAUUGAUUACUUGCUUAAAAUCGCAUUGUGGCUCAGCCUGGCAAGAGGACUACCAGCUGUUCAUUUGUUCUGUGACGUCGCUAGACUCUUUGUCAUGGACGAGCCGUCCAAGCCCACCACUAACGAGUAUCGUCUAUUCUUAUUCCAUCUCAUUCGCAUUCGGGCUGCCACCGGGGGUGCUCUGCUGUCACCGUCUCCUGUUGUUCCAGAUAAUAAGAACUUUCCCACUCGCAAUAUCGACUACUUCCAGGACAUCUGGAGAACGAGCCACCAACUUUCUCAGGGUCUAUUCGACACCACCACUUUGCUCGCUAAGCAUAACGUCCCCAACUUCAAGCUUUCGAAACCCCCUGCUGGUCGCCGUUCCGGCCAUGGAGAUAUGCAAGUAACCACCCAGGCAGCCACCCAAGCAGCCACCCAAGCCGCUGUUGGCGAACCCUUGGCCGAUAUCCCGUCUACGCCAGAUGAAGAACGUGCCGAAGAACAAUCCCCCGUUGACUGUGGCCUCGUGCUCUCCCCCCCUGAACUGUCCCCGGUGUUUCGAAACAGAACUGUUUGA